ACCCCCCCCGCACCCCCCACAGUGACCCCGUGACCUCAGAGGAGGGCGACCGAGCACAGCCAGGUGACUCCAAAGUGACACUCGUCGGCACCAUGCUGCUCCAUAUGAUGCUGCCCUUCAGGCGCCUGGUCUGGUCCCUGGCCUCCCACCAGGUGGCUCCUGGGAGACACAGAGGACAUGGUCACCUGCACACAGCUCCAGUGGCCCGCACAGAUGGACCUGCCCCGGUGUUCACCCGAGCCCUAGCUUUUGGGGACAGAAUCGCCAUUGUUGAUCAACAUGGCCACCACACCUAUAGGGACCUUUACUACCGCAGCCUUCACCUGUCCCAGGAGAUUUGCAGGCUCCGUAACUGUGUGGAUGGUGACCUCCAGGAAGAGAGAGUCUCCUUCCUAUGCUCCAAUGAUGUCUCCUAUGUUGUUGCCCAGUGGGCCUCGUGGAUGAGUGGUGGCAUUGCGGUUCCCCUCUACUGGAAGCACCCUGAAACCCAACUGGAGUACUUCAUCCGGGACUCCCGGAGCUCUGUGGUCGUGGCUGGCCAGGAGUACGUGGACCUGCUGAGCCCAGUAGUCAAGAGACUGGGGGUCCCACUCCUGCCUCUCACAUCUGCAGUCUACCACGGGGCAGCAGAGAGGCUAACAGAAGGGCAGGUGCAGGAGCGGGACUGGCGAGACCGUGGAGCCAUGAUCUUCUAUACCAGCGGGACUACAGGGAGGCCCAAGGGUGCACUGAGCACCCACCGCAACCUCGCAGCUGUGGUGACUGGGCUAGUCCACAUGUGGGCAUGGACAAAAGACGAUGUGAUACUCCAUGUCCUCCCACUGCACCACGUCCACGGUGUGGUCAACAAGCUGCUCUGUCCACUCUGGGUGGGAGCCACGUGUGUGAUGCUGCCUGAGUUCAGUGCUCAGCAGGUUUGGGAAAGGUUCUUGAGUUCUGAGACUCCACGGAUUAAUGUAUUUAUGGCAGUUCCUACAAUAUACGUCAAAUUGCUAGAUUACUAUGACAGACAUUUCACCCAGCCUCACGUCCAGGACUUUGUGCGUGCAGUUUGUGAAGAAAAAAUUAGGCUGAUGGUGUCCGGCUCAGCGGCCCUGCCUGUCCCUGUUCUGGAGAGGUGGAAGAGCGCCACGGGCCACAUACUGCUGGAGCGCUACGGUAUGACUGAGAUCGGCAUGGCCCUGUCCAACCCCCUGACCACAGCUCGCCUGCCAGGUUCUGUGGGAACCCCGCUGCCAGGGGUGGAGGUGCGCAUCGUCUCAGAGACCCUGCAGAAGGAGGGCUCCUCCUAUGCCAUCCAUGCAGAGGGAGGCGAGAAGGAGACAAAGGUGACCCCAGGGUUUGAAGAAAAGGAAGGCGAACUGCUGGUCAGGGGGCCCUCUGUGUUUCGAGAAUAUUGGGAUAAACCAGAAGAAACUAGGAAUGCCUUCACCUCAGAUGGCUGGUUUAAAACAGGGGACACCGCCGUAUUCAAGGAUGGCAAGUACUGGAUCCGAGGCCGGACUUCGGUGGACAUCAUCAAGACCGGAGGCUAUAAAGUCAGUGCCCUGGAAGUUGAGCGGCACCUGCUGGCCCACCCCAGCAUCAUGGAUGUGGCUGUGAUUGGAGUUCCAGAUAUGACAUGGGGCCAGCGGGUCACAGCUGUGGUGGCCCUUCAAGAAGGACACUCACUGUCCCACAGGGAUCUCAAGGAGUGGGCCAGAGGUGUCCUGGCCCCCUACGCUGUGCCCUCCGAGCUUCUGCUGGUGGAGGAGAUCCCACGGAACCAGAUGGGCAAGGUCAACAAGAAGGACCUGCUCAAACAGCUCUACCGCUUGUGACCAGAGGUUCAACCAGUCCAAGGCUCAGAGCAGCAGAGCAUCUGCUUGUGGGCCUCAUGGCAGGCCCGGCAGCCUUUAAAUGGAACCCCAAAUCAGGUUAACCAGCGUCAUGAACUGUUCAGAUGAAAUCACUGUGGAAGGCCUCCCUGCCCCAGCCCCGGGGUCACAGGUCAGUGGCCCCAGCUGCUCUCACGUCCUCAGUGGUCUUUUUGGCCACUAGCAUUUGCCAACCUCAUGAGCACAAUAAGGAUAUAUGGCUGUGUCCAGUGUAUGGCCCACUCCCGUGCCCAGGGCUGC